AUGACGCCGAUUUUCAGAAAGGGGGACAGGUCAACUACUUCCAACUGUCGCCCAACUAGCUAAAUAUCGGUCAUAGGUGGAAGGGGGGAGGAAAGCAAGAAGGAUUCAACCACACCAUAAUUCCAAGCAGCAUUUCCGUACCUCAGGCACAAGUAACAACGGACAUGUCCCUUAAACUGUCUCUGUGUCACCUCGCUCAGCAUCACCGCACGUCACAGGGAGCAGCAAAGGUUGUUGGACGAUCCAGGGUCUAAGAGUCACGGACUACUCAGGAAAGUCGGAGGUUCAAAGCAGUUUACGAGGGAUUAGUUCUGAGCGCGUGGGAAGGGGUAGGAAGGGUAGGAAGGAGAGAGAGACGGAGAGGGCAUGGAGGGAGGGAGGCGAACGGUGGAGGAGGCGUCAGUCAGUCUCAUUACAGAACCAGGGAGCCCGUGGAUUCUUUUUCUUCGCAGAGAAAGUAAGUGAAGGUUUAGGAACUACACUGAUGGCAUUAUGAUCUGAAUGUUGUAUGUAAAGUUAAUUGUGCAGUUUGUUAGUGGUCUUUCAAUAUUGCUAUUCUUAACACAGGAGAGCUGCCCAGCCCCGCCCACCUGCCGUGCCUGCUGUCCAGCCGACCUCUCCCCAAGUCUCCUGCUGUUGCCUGUGAGCUGGUACCCGCCAGUUAAUCUUCUCUCCUAUAUAAGAGGGCCAAGCGAGCGAGUAGUGAAGACAAUGUGGUGUGUUGAGAAGCUGCAAGAUGGCGUGGUGGUCACCUACCAAAUUAUCCUGCCCAUGCUGGUGGUGGUGGGCGUGGUUGCCAACGCCAUGAGCAUCAUGGUACUCAACCGACCCAGACUCAAGAACAUCAUUGGUAACAAGUACUUCCUGGCACUGUCGUGGUGUGACCUGUCCUACAGCAUUUCAUGCAUCAUCAUCGCCGCCACAGCCUGCGGUUGCGUCUUCGAGAGCUACGCAUCAGCCUGGUACUACGCACACUUUGGAUGGAGCAUCACAAGGACAUUCCACGCGCUGGGUAACUACAUCAUCAUCUUCAUGUCACUAGACCGGUUUGUGGCCGUGUGGUUCCCCGUGUGGUUCAUGACGAUGACGCAGCCGCUUUUCGACAUCACCAACAGGCUGGUGUUUGCUACCGUGCUGUGCUUUAUCCUGCACGUGCCCUACAUGGUGGACGCCGCAGUGGUCGAAAAGGUAAAUUUCUGCAACAACUGCACCGAGGCCGUCAAUGAGGACAACUGCACCAGCGUCACCAGCGUCACCUACAUCUCCAUCGACGGCUUCCAGAAGAGCUUCAACCAGACAUGGCACGAAGUGUUCCGCUACAGCUACAACCAGCUAUUUUGCUGGCUGCCCUGCGCCCUGCUGAUCGUCCUCAACUUCGGCCUGGUGCUGGCGGUGGUCACCAAGAGGGUGAAGGUACCCCGGGAGAAGAUGUUGGUCGCAACAGCCAUAGUCAUGACGGCCUCGUACGUGGUGAUGACGAUGCCCAUUACAAUCUUCUUGGCAGGCUACGCUGCGGCCAACGAUAAUCGCUGUACGGAGUCCAGCCCCAAGGAGACACUGAGGCACAUAGGGAACAUCACUCAGAUACUGGAGCACGUGCUGCACGGCGUAUACCUCCUCCUCAUCAACCCGUCCUUCAGACAGGAGCUGAUCUGCCUAUUACAGUGCAGGAGGUCACCCACCCACCCACCUCUGCCCACUGUGGCCGCCCUCUCAGCAGUGUCUUCCGCUCCUUCCUAAAGGUUUGCAGGGAAUCCAUGGCUCCGUUACAGCUUUACAGACCUACAUUCGCUGAAACGGCAGAAGAGACUUUAUAAAAGUCCAAAUCACUCAGCAGAAAAUCUUUAAAAAAGACCUCGGUAAACUCUCAGUCUCAGUCAGUGGUUUGCCGCAUAGGUGUGUUCAUGAGAGAGGGAUAAGGGGGAGGGAGCGGUGAAGCAGCCUUAGUCGGUACCAUAGUCGGUUUUAUUCCGCAAGUGGAGAUGUGGCACACGGAUUGCUAGUUUGUGAUUGAUUGAAAAUCAGCUAUUGUGAUAAAUAUUCAACCUUGUCUUGCAAUAAUAUAUUUGAAUGUUUAUGUAAUAAAAAAAAGACCUCACACCCUCUUAUAUAAAUCCCAUAUACAAGCCAUCCCACCAUACAAGCACACGAAACAAGCUUGUAUCAAGCAGCCUGGAUAUUCAGUAAGGAACAUCAGAUCUUGCAUCCAUUCAUCAUUUCCCAGUUGAGGAUAGGAUUUUUUUUCUUUAAGAAAAAUAAUAAUAGGCUCCAAAAGAUCCACAAACCUAAC